AUGAACACUAUCCCUUCAAAGAAGCAUUCAAGACUUUUGCUGCCAUACGUGACACCUAAAGAAGCAGUUGCUAUUUAUCCAACUCUUUCCCGUGCACAUCUUUGGCACAAGGUUCAUGAAAGUGUUGCUAUGGAUCUUUGCCAAGUUAUGGGUCAGGAGUUGGAUGCGCUGGAGAUUGAGACAGUACAGAAGGAGACAAUACAUCCAAGGAAGAGUUGCAACAUGAACAGUUCAUGUGCAGAUGUCCUUUUUGCUGCACAUAGGUGGCAGAUGUCCAAACCAAGCUUAGUUUCUGCGUCAAAGGAUGUCUUCGAUCAGAAAUCCAGUAACAAGCACUGGAUUGAUGUGCAACCAAGAUGGGGAGAUUACAAUUCACACGACAUAGAACUUUACGCAAGAGCAAAAUUUAUGGACUACGUGACAGAUAAUUUGUCCAUCUACCGUUCUCUGACUGGGGUGAUGAUUGGACUUGAUCUAGCUUAUAAUUUGCACUCUGCUUUUGGUAAUUGGUUCCCCGGGUCAAAGCCCCUCCUUCAGCAAGCAAUGAAUAAGAUCAUGAAGUCGAAUCCUGCUCUGUAUGUGCUGAGGGAGAGAGAGAAUAGGAAACGGUCUUCAGUUCUAUUCAUCUGA